AAUCGAAUUAUAAUACUUUGGGCUGGUCAUGUGACUCACGACUUCCACUCGAUGUCUGGAACCUUGACCUUUUCGUUUCUGUGACCUUUAAAAAUCCUUAGGUCCUCCCUUUUUCUUUUGUAUCGAUAACGCUUUCUUCCUUCUUCCAUUUAUUCUUCUUCUUACUGCGUUUUUAUAACCUCAACUACGCUCAUUUGUCUUGCUAUUUAUCCAAGUAAAAUCCAUGUCACGAGGAUCUAAACGAAGAUUGUCAGAGGAUGAAGAAAUGUACGGUGGCGGCGAUAGUGAUUUUCACUCGUACCAAAGCCGGACAGAACCUUCAGACCAAAGGAAAUCACCAUUUUCUCGGCAUGCAGAAAUUAAACGAUUGAAGACCGGCUCACAACGACGUUUUCCCAUCAGCCGACUUUUAGCCACCAUGGACAAAGAUAAACUAGUACACCUUAUCAAUGGAUUAAUCGACGCACACCCUUUCAUACAAGAAGACAUUGCACAAAUUAUGCCAUCACCAACGUUACAAACAGCAUCGUCAACCCUGGCAGACCUGGAAAAAAGAAUGAAUUUAAGCUAUCCUUAUAACAAAGGUGGACCAGGAAAGGACGAUUAUAGUUUUAAUCGUGUACGUCCUGCUCUUAUGGAUCUUGUUACUACCCUGACGGAUUUUGCAGAACAUUUUACCCAACCCUCCGAAUUUCCUACUACCAGCUUCAGCUACCUUCAUAUUGCAACCUGCGUCAUACACCGUCUCCCUACCUGGGACACUGAGUCUCAUAAUAAUAUCAAGAGAGAUGCCUAUGUUAGCCUUUCUGGAUACUGGAAACGAGUCAUCCGCCAAGCUUCAGACAAAGUCGGUGACGGUAAAAUCUAUGGUCAGCAGGUAGUCAGCGAGUGGGCAAAAAAUCUUGCGCAACACAACACUGUUACGAAUGGUUUAUUCAGCAGUGCAAUAGAAGAAUUUACCAAACAAUUAGGCUGGAUUAUUGGACUUCAUAGCGGACCAGAGCCGUUCUGGCGACAAAUUAAGGACACUAGUCUUGCUACUGCGGGAUCCCCAGCCAUUGGAUACGUUGGAGUCCGACCUUGGGAGUAGACAUCCCGGUUUUCAAAGACAUCAUAAAGGAAAAAAAAAAAAAAAAACAGAUCCACUUCACUCCAUCCCUUUCCACAUAGUACUUGCUUAUUUUCUUUUAUCUUUUACAUACGCACACUCUCCCUUUUGUACCUUUUGCCCCCAUACCCUCCCACCUCCAUCGCAAUACCUCUUCAGCUUCUUUUUCAAAUUAAAACCCAGUUAUUCCCAUUUUAAUCUUUUUUAGUCCAGCCAGUUCUAGUU